UAAAGAUGCAUCGUUCACAGCUAUAAUGGAUCCUAAUGUGGAUUUCCCUGUUGAAGUGUGCGAUGGCGUCCUGAUAUACUUUGGUAUAUCAACUCAUAGUGGAGAUGACAGUUUGGAAUUAUUCGUAGUGGACUGCUUUGCAUCUCAGAGUGACAAUCCACAUUCUUCGGACGACAGAUAUCCAAUGAUUACUAACGGAUGCCUUGAUGAAACAGUGAUGGAAGAACCUUCAGCCGACGAUCGUACCAAACGUUUUAUUUGGGAUGCAUAUGAUGUUGUCAACGUUUAUGUUGACAUUCCUGAUGAUGAGCAAGUUGAUCUGUAUAUCCAUUGUGCGGUUGUGAUUUGCAAGAAAGCAGAGGUUGGAACACGCUGUGAUCAGGGAUGCGUCGACAAAGGACGUAAAAGAGAAGAAUACUCUGAUCUACCAAACGAUUCAUUUAUAACUCACGGACCUUUUAGGAAGACAUCCGGCGAGAGAUGCAAUGAAUAAACUCAGUGAAGAUGAAACAAACUAAUGAACCCGUAAGACGAAAGGAACGACACCGACACCACUUUGAUGAUUUUUUUCCCGAUUAUCGAUAUUUUAAUUCUAAAUAUUUGUUCUUUUAUGAAAUGUGGAAAGAUCCUAAUCCACAGAUAUGUACUUACACAUUGUUCACUUUGAUUUAUUUAAUUUUGGUCACGUUAUAUAUUUUCAGUUCGUCUGAUUGACUUCGGUUUCGUGUUUGCGGAUGACCUGGGCAUGGCAGUGUCAUGUCCGUGAAAAUCUUGUUUUAUAUUCAUUUAUUUCAUGUUGUAACUAAGCUAGCUAAAAAAACGUAUUGUAGAUUUGGUGAUGGAAUACAAAUUAAAAUAUUUCUGAA